CACGUGAGAGCCUCGUCCGCACUCCACUUUGGUUCUUUCGCUUGAUUGCGCGCUUCUUCUCUUCCAUUCUCGCCAAAAUGCUCGAGAAAAGUUUAUGGGAGAGUUUCCUGGAAACUGUUGAGCCCCAUCUCCCAGAGUACUUACAUUGGAAUGAGAUCUGUUGGACAUUCGUUGUUUAUUUGGCUGAAGGACGCCGUCAUAUUCAUCGAUGGACCCGUGGUAUGGAAGCAUGGGAGAUUGUUGUUUGGACAGUGAGCAUUUGCUUUGCUGUGUGGCUGGCUACUGAGGUUUUAAGAUUCUUGUUUAGGUGGAUCUUUAUGCAAGAUGAGGGUUUCUUCACAAGAACAAAGAAGACUUUUUUCAAAACUUUACGCAGGCUACCCAUCAUAAAAGACAAGAUAAAUGCUGAAAUGCAGAAGUCUUUAGAUGACAUGGAGAAGCUGGCUUUUCCAGAGAAUAAGCAUGUAACAUUCAUUCAAAGGCUACCAAGUAAAGGACUUAAGGAGAAUGAACUGAUGAAGACACUAGAUGACAAUUACAUUAAACCUAGUGAUCUUAGCUGGAAAGACGGAAAGGUGUCAGGAACAGUUUACUGUGGCACUCAGGAACUUACAGAUAUUCUUAUCAAGGUAUAUGCAAAGUUUGCAUGGUCCAAUCCACUCCAUCCUGAUGUCUUCCCAGAAGUGAGGAAAAUGGAAGCAGAAGUUGUGCGAAUGGUGCUCUCAAUGUUCAAUGGGGAUAAAGACUGUUGUGGAACGAUGACUGGAGGUGGAACAGAAAGUAUUUUGCUGGCUUGUAAGGCAUACCGUGACUGGGCACGCGAAAGAGGAAUAUCCAAACCAGAAAUUAUUGCCCCAGUAACUGCCCAUGCAGCAUUUGAUAAGGCAGCAAACUACUUUGGUUUCAAGUUGGUCCAUGUCCCUGUGGGCAAGGACUGGAAGUGCGACAUGAAGGCAAUGAAGCGAGCAAUUUCCAAGAACACAAUUGCUCUUGUGGGAUCAUCGCCUCAGUUUCCCCAUGGAAUGAUAGACCCAAUUGAGGAAAUGGGGAAGCUCGCCAAGAAAUACAAGCUAGGACUCCAUGUGGAUGCAUGUCUUGGAGGAUUUCUUGUCCCAUUCAUGGAAAAAGCUGGAUACGACGUCCCUCUGUUUGACUUCCGUGUUGAGGGUGUGACAAGUAUAUCAGCAGAUACUCACAAGUAUGGUUAUUCUCCUAAGGGGUCAUCUGUCGUUAUGUAUCGCAACAAGGACCUACGUCACCACCAGUUCUUUGUUGCCCCUGACUGGCCUGGCGGUAUCUAUGCAUGCCCUACUAUCCCUGGUUCCAGGUCUGGAGGGAUAAUUGCUUCCACCUGGGCUGCCAUGAUGCACUUUGGAGAGUCAGGUUAUGUGGAGUGCACUAAGAAGGUUCUCCAAACAAGGGAGCGCAUUGAAAAGGGUUUGCGUGACGUUCCUGGACUGUACGUCUUCGGAGAACCCAUAGUUAGUGUUGUUGCAUUUGGUUCUGAUAAGUUUGACAUCUAUGCACUGGGAACUGCCUUGACAGGCCGCGGAUGGUGCCUCAACUCCCUACAGUACCCCCCAGCGAUCCACUUGUGUGUGACUCUCCUUAAUACCCAACCUGGUGUGGCUGAUCGCUUUUUGAAAGACGUGCGCGAGUGUGCUGCCAAGCUGUUGGCUGACCCUAACGCCAAAACAGCCGGCCUGGGUGCUAUUUACGGUAUGGCUGCAAAUAUACCAGACCGCUCAAUAGUCAAUGAGCUGGCCUGCGGUUUCCUGGACUGCAUGUAUAAUACUGGUAGUAACAAGCCUCAAGAGAAUGGUAGAGAGUAGAACAGUCUUGACUACCUGGACUACCACUUGUUGGGCCAUGACAUCACUCAACAAGGAGUAUUUCAAAUAUCACCUGACUUUGAUAGAUUGUCUUGAUAGAUAUGAAUUUCUAAUUGCUAAUCAACUUCGAUCAUGAGAAAUAUUAGCCAGUGUAGACGUUUUAUAUAGAUUUUUUAUUCCAUGUAUGCUCACAAAUGUAUAGAGUUCUAUACGCACUUCCUAAAUCUUCACAUACAGUAUUCGUGUUAGCUAAAGUCGGUUUAACCACUGACAUAAUAUGGAUGAUGUGCGGGCGCAUCUCAAUUUAUGGCAGCAGCAUGACUUUAUGUAACGAUACCGUGAACAUUCUGCAUCGUAACCGUGACAGGACAGUGUCUUAGCGUGAAUCUAUUGCUACAAUGUCGUACAGUGUCCAUGCGGUGACAGGUUUAUAGCGUAUCUUUCAAUCUAUCUUGUUGUUUGUUAUGCAAGUUUCGAGCGUGAAUGACGUAGUUUAAUGAUGUAGUUCAUCAUUGAUAAUAUACUUAAAAUACUGAUAAUAUACAUAGUAUAUACAUAGUAUACUUUGUGACUGGGAAUAAGUAGAGUGAGCCCGAUAACUAAUAAAUGAACAAAAAAAAGUUGAAGUUAGCCGGGAUUUCGAGUUAUCCUAGUAAAAAUGACUGGAAAAUAACUUAAAAAAAUAAGCUCAAACAA